GGGCUGGCCGCCAAGUGAGCCUUUCAUUUGGCUUCACUUGCAGCAGCAGUUUAUGUGUCGGCCAACACUUUACUGAGACCUGCUGGUUCUCAAACUUUAUUCCUGCAGAUUUUUCAAUGUGUCCCAAACUGGAUGGGCCAGAAGAGCAUUUAUAAUGGCACAGGACAUCACUACUUUAACAGCAGAGGGCUGUCUUGAAGAGAAAUCCCCCUGUUGUUCAGAUACAGACGCUUUGAGUCAAGGAGACAAAGAGUAUGAUGACAUUUUGGAGCUUAAUCAGUUCGAUGGACUUCCUUAUUCUUCCAGAUUUUAUACAUUGCUGACGGAAAGGAAACAGUUGCCAGUAUGGAAAGUAAAGAGUGAAUUCAUGGACACUUUGUCCAAAGGACAGUUUGUGGUGGUCAGUGGUUCGGCCAGGACUGGAAGGAGUUCUCAAAUUCCCCAGUGGUGUGCUGAAUUCUGCCUAUCAGCCCAGUUUCAGCACGGCAUGGUGGUUUGUACUCAGAUACAAGCCCAGCAGGCUGUAGAUCUUGCUUUAAGAGUGGCUGAUGAAAUGGACGUGAACAUUGGCCAUGAAGUGGGCUACAGCAUCCCCCUGGAAACCUGCUGUGCAAACGACACAGUCCUCAGGUACUGCACAGAUGACAUCCUGCUCAGGGAGAUGAUGUCAGAUCCACUGCUUGAGCAUUAUGGUGUGGUGGUGGUGGACCAGGCCCACCAGAGGACCGUAGCCACUGACGUCCUCCUGGGCCUGCUGAAGGACAUCGCCCUGCAGAGGCCACAGCUCCGAGUGGUCCUCCUUACAGCCACCGAGCCCAGACCCAAAGAACUGGGCCACUUCAACACAUCUGCAGUGCCUCAGAUCCACCUGGAAGACCUGGGUGUGGGCGAGGUGGUCUACAGCAGCACCAGGGACAGUUACUUCUGCUCCGUCAUCCGUCUGGUGCUGGAGAUCCACCACUCUGAGGAGGACGGGGAUGUGGUGGUGUUUCUGGUGACGGCGCAGGAGAUUGACCUCGCACAUGAAAUCCUGCGUCAUGAAGCUCAGAGUUUACCACCUGGUCUUGGUGAGCUGCUGCCUGUCGCUGUUCAUCCUGGUCAAACUGGGAUUCUACCGGUCCCCAGGGAGGGGGAGACAAGGAGGAUCCGCAGAGUUUUCCUCACCUCCAGCCCAAAUGAGGACUUCUUCUGGGCUGUCAGGACAAUACACUUUGUUAUUGAUGCAGGCCUCCAGAAGAGAUCCGUGUACAACCCCAGGAUCAGGACAAACUCAACCAUCAUUCAGCCAAUCAGCACAGGCCAAGCCAAGAGUCGCCAUCAGCUGGCAGGACCAACAGGGAAAUGUUUUUGCCUGUACCCAGCAGACAGACGUCUUCCUGCUGAGAUACGACCGCAUAUUGUGGAGUCUGACAUCACAUCCACUGUGCUCUUCCUGAAGAGGAUGGAGAUUGCUGGGCUGGGCCAGUGCGACUUCAUCGACAGACCUGAUCCUGAAGGCCUCAUGCAGGCUUUAGAGGAACUGGACUACCUUGCAGCUCUGGAUAAUGAUGGUAACCUGUCUGAGAUGGGUAUCAUUAUGUCGGAGUUCCCCUUGGAGCCUCAAAUGGCCAAAACCCUGCUCGCCUCCUGUGAGUUCGACUGUGUCAGCGAGGUGGUCAUCAUCGCCGCCAUGUUAACAGUGCCAACCUGUUUCACGGUUCCCUCAAAGGAUCUGAAGCUGGAGGCAGCCCAGUGUCACAUGAAGUUCCAGCACCCAGAGGGAGACCACUUUACCCUUAUUAACAUCUACAAGGCCUUUAAACAAAGCCAGACGGAUCCAUACUGCAACGUGGAAAAGUGGUGUCAGGACAACUACUUGAACCACACUGCUCUGCUGAUGGCUGACAGUUUUCGCAUGGAGCUCACCGACAUCCUUAAGAGGAUUGAGCUGCCUGUUUCAAUGCCCGCCUUUGGCUCCCGCAACAACACAAUCAACAUAAAGAGAGCACUGCUGGCAGGUUUCUUCAUGCAGGUGGCCCGGGAUGUGGAUGGAUCAGGAAACUACUUCAUUCUGAUCCACAAGCACGUGGCCCAGAUCCAUCCUCAGUCUGGAUACGGUGCCAAAAGCCCCAAACUGGGUCUGCCAGAGUGGGCGCUUUUCCACAAAUAUACCUUCUCUGAGGACAACUGCCUCCAUACCAUCACCCAAAUAAAAGCAGAGGAGUUCAUUGAGAUGGUACCACAAUAUUUCUUCUACAAUCUACCAUCUAGUGAAAGCAAAGACAUUCUCCAGAACAUACUAGAACGUGGAACAUCUCACAGCCAUGAUGAAAAACCUUCGACCACACAGAGCGAAUCCCAACAGGACCAGAGUUAUGACCGCUGUGUCAUACAGUGACUGUGGUUUUAAUGGUGGGGAUGGAAAAACCCACUAAAAUGUGCACUGUAAUAUAAAACAGUUUAAUAUAUUGUAUCAUUUUACUGUUUUUUUUAAUGAGAUAUACUGUAUUUCAUUAUGGGUUUUCUUUUCCGAGCCCUAAUAUUUGUAAGAAAAUCAUUAUUUGUAUUUAUUUGCAUCUAUAUUCAUAUAAAAAUACUUUGUAAAAAAAGGGGGUGGUACACAAUUUUCAUAGCGUGCAGCACGAAAAAGCUAAGAUACACAAGAACAAGUCUCUGCACUAACUGGAAUAUGGACACUUAGUUUUUUUUAUUAUUAUUAUUUUCAAUAUCACUGACACUUGUACAUUUGUUGCAUCUUGUAUAAAAUUCAAUGAGAUCUUAUAUUGUU